AUGUCUCCUUCGACCAAGAGACGGGCUGCUGAUGAUUCUGAUGAGGAUCAAAAGGUCUCCGUCAAGAGUUCGAAGAAGACCAAGCACAAUGUCACCGCCGAUGGCGAAGAUGACGACGGCAACCCAUUUUGGGAACUCUCAAACAAACGACGCGUGGGAGUGUCGCAAUUCAAGAGCGUGUGCCUGAUCAACGUCCGAGAGUAUUAUGAAAAGGAUGGCAAAAUGCUCCCAGGGAAAAAGGGAAUAUCGCUUUCUGUGGCCCAGUACACGGCGUUGUUAAAGGCCGCACCUGGUAUCAACGCUGCACUUCGACAAAUGGGCCAGGCCAUGGAAGAUGUUGACGACCUAGGUGAUGCGACAGUCGAACCAACAAAGAAGCCCAAGAAAGAGAAGAAGAACGCAUCCAAAGCCAACAUUGACGCAACAAGCGACGAGGAAGACUAG